AUGUUUCCUCCCAAUCAGGGCUCCCUUCUCGUGUGGAAGCGCACAUACGGGCAGACACUCGCUGGGAUUCGUCCAGCCAAGGGCACCUCAUUGCGGCGGCUGCUGCUCAGGCCCAUCUUAACGGCAAUAGCUGUGUACAUAUCCAAGCGCGGCCUUCAGUUCAUGCUUGGCCAUAGGUUUCAUCGAGCAGGCGAACACACCUGGAAGCGGCGCUUGCUUCGCCUCCUCACAAAUGCGCAACGAGUGGUGGAAGUGCUGUCGACACUGAACCACUUUGUGUUUCUGUACUCUGCUGAUUUCCCCACGCUGCCUGACCGCCUGCUCCGCCUCUCGUAUACACGCACCGCCGCAUCAGCCACCACAAUGCUCGGUUACUUGCAACAGGAAAUGCUCAUUCAAGUGCUUCUUGUUGCACUGCGGCGCGUUGCGCACAUUCCCGCGUCCUUGCCCGCGUGGCUCACAGCGAGGCCUGUCGACCCCCACGCUUCCGAGGUAUCCCCAUCAUCAUCGUCGUCAUCGUCGUCGUUGAGGUGUAUGCGUUGCCUUGGCCGCUGCAUUCAGCUCCCCUGCAGUGGCGCCUGUGGCCACCCCAUCUGCUUCUCAUGUGCCGUCAUCGCUUUCACGAGCGAAGGGGAUAUCACGUGCAAGUUGUGUGGUGCGCCGUGUCGGGCACGCAAUCUUCGCCUCGCGCAGCCACUGCAGUAUGUGGCCCCUGCACCGUCGUCACUGGCGUUGUCGUGACAAAUGAAGACCCAACAAGCAUCUUGUUUGUUUUGCAUAGCCGAGUCAUGUGAGAGAGAGAGUGUGUGUGUGAGUAUGUGUGAGUGUGCGAUAAGUCUAAUGUAAGUUAAAUGGCCUUAAGCUUUGUCUUGUCUGUACACAAUUCCUCUUCGGCUG